CUGGUCUAUCAGACGGAACCCCUUAUGUCAUUCUUGAAUUUGUCUAACUGUAAUACCUUCGGGUAUGAGAUAAUUUGUCUCUAAGGAAGAAUGUCAACAGAUAUUUUCAUCAUGGCAACAUUGACAAACAUAAUUUUCUAGUGUUUCAGAAAUAUUUGACUUCUUCGAAUGUUCAACCUUGGCCUUGGCGCCAAUACUUGUUCUUCUUCUACUUGCUCUUCUUCAUCUUACCCCACUUGUGAUAGUUAUAUUAUAAGGCCUCAGGCUGUCGCUUUAGAGUUUAGAUAUUUGAAUAUUCACCAAAAGUUUCAAUGUUUAUCUUGGAAGAACUCUUCUUAAUUCCAAGAUACAAGAAUAUGUCCACUUUUUAACUUGUCAGCAGAUGAACCAUCUUCUUUCUUUAUAGCAAAAAUAAAGAAAACAUUUGCUUUCUUUUAUAUGUUAUACAACAAUAUUUCUUACCUGCACCCUUUAAAUUAAUUCUAACCCCUUUAUGAUAAGUUUUUAGGGAUGAUGAAAUCAGCAAAUGACAAGGGGCGAGGAUACUCAGUCAAAGUUCUUGAUUCUUACCAAGAAACCUUCUUCUUGUUGGCUUGUUCUUAUUGUUGGCUCGAGGAAUCAUUCGUGAAGGUCAAUGAUAACUUGCUGGAUAUUAGGAAGGCGUUGUUCACAAGGCUUGCACUGAAAUACAGUUUUUCUUUUCCAACAAAAGCAUUGGGAUUUUGGAUGUUCAGAAAAAAGGUUUUGCUAUGCUGGAAUUAAUGGGUUCAAGAAGUCAUAUCUUCCUCCUGAUUUUUGUAUCCCAAAUUCUGGCUAUACUGGGACAGACAAACAGCAAUGAUGCCACUGCUCUAUUUGCUAUCAAAUCUAGCUGGAAUAACUUGCCACCAAAUUGGGAGGGGUCAGAUCCUUGUGGUAGCAGCUGGGCAGGAAUAAUCUGCAACAAUUCGCGCAUAACCUCGAUAAAGUUAUCAGGCAUGGGCCUAGAAGGCAAUCAGUUCGGAGAUCUUUCAUCGUUAACUGCAUUGCAGAUUUUGGACCUCUCGAAUAAUGUUGGCUUGAAAGGAACUCUUCCACCAUCAAUUGGAAAUUUGAAGAAUUUGACAACCUUAAUCUUAGUUGGUUGCAGCUUCUUUGGCCCAAUUCCAGAAUCAAUUGGUUCUCUGCAGCAGCUGGUUUUUAUAUCUCUAACUUCUAACAGCUUCACUGGGCCAAUUCCACCAUCAAUUGGCAAUUUAUCUAAGUUGUCAUGGCUUGAUCUCAGUGACAAUAAAAUUAGUGGGACUAUCCCAAUCUCACGCGGUUCAGAACCUGGUUUGGAUUGGCUAGUCAAUACCAGACACCUUCACUUGUCAAAAAAUCAGCUCUCUGGCCCUAUCCAAUCUCGACUCUUCAGUCCAACCAUGAAGCUGAUACAUGUGAUUUUAGAUCACAACAAACUGAUAGGUGACAUUCCGGAGUCUCUGGGAAGUCUGCCAAAUUUAGAAAUUUUGCGACUGGACUGGAACUCUCUCAAUGGACCUGUACCUUCCAACCUCACAAUGUUACAAAGUCUCAACGAGCUGUACUUAUCCAAUAAUAAUCUCAAUGGAUCAAUUCCAGACCUUACAGGGAUGAACUUUCUAAGCUAUGUGGGCAUGAGCAAUAACAGUUUCAACGCAUCAGAUGUUCCAAAAUGGCUUACAAACCUCCCAUCAUUGAAAACAAUAUAUAUGGAGAACACAACACUGCAGGGACAAAUACCUGUUGAGUUAUUCAGCCUUCCUAACUUGGAGACUAUAGGAUUAGCCAACAACAAGCUCAAUGGAACAUUGGACAUUGGGACCGGAUAUGGGAACAAUUUAACACUUGAUUUACGAAAUAAUUCUAUCCAGAACUUCACCCAGAAAGCAGAAUACAAUAUGAAUAUAUCACUCACUGGCAACCCUAUUUGUGAUGGAACUGGAGCAACAGCCAGAUACUGUGCAGUUCAGAUUUCCAAUGAUUCCUUUUCAUCACCUCUGAGUUGUCCAGCAAUGUCCUGCAAUUCAGACAAAGCAUUAAGUCCUACAUGCAAAUGUUCAUAUCCAUACACUGGGACACUGCAUUUCUUUUCCCUGUCCUUCUCAAAUUUAGAGAACUCAAGCUACUUUACAACCCUUGCUGGCUCUAUGAUGUCUGCCUUUCUAUCCAAUGGACUGCCGGUGGAUUCAGUUUCUCUUAGUGAUCCAACAGUUGAUAUUUAUUCAUAUCUACAAAUUGAAGCACAAAUCUUUCCUUCAACACAGGACAGUUUCAAUCGAACAUCAACUUCUUCCAUUGGUUACCUGCUUAACCGGAAUCCUUUCCAACUCCAAUUUUUUGGACCCUUCUUCUUUACUUCUGAAGGUUACUGUUGCUUUGCAGACGGAAAGAAGAAGUCAUCACAUACUGGUAUCAUCAUUGGAGCAUCGGUUGGUGGUGCAGUGCUUGUUCUCUUAACACUCUGUGCUGGUCUUUAUGCUUUUCGCCAGAGAAAUAUAGCUAAAAGAGCUGGUCAUAGCAGUAACCCUUUUGAAUCUUGGGACCGUGAUAAGAGUGGUGCUGUGCCACAACUUAAAGGAGCAAGAUGGUUCUCAUUUGAAGAGAUGAGGAAGUGCACAAAUAAUUUUUCAGAAUCUAACUGCAUUGGAUCUGGGGGCUAUGGGAAGGUCUACAAAGCAACUCUUACUGCUGGGGAGGUAGUUGCAAUUAAAAGAGCACAACAUGGAUCAAUGCAGGGGGCUUUUGAGUUCAAAACAGAGAUUGAGCUACUGUCAAGGAUUCAUCACAAGAAUGUUGUAAACCUGGUUGGAUUUUGUUAUGAGCAAGGCGAACAAAUGCUGGUCUAUGAGUACAUUCCAAAGGGUACUCUAAGGGAAAGUCUCUCAGUCAAGCCAAAACUCCAGUUGGAGUGGACUAGGAGACUUAGGAUAGCCCUUGAUGCUGCGAGAGGUUUGGCAUACUUGCAUGAGCUUGCAGAUCCUCCCAUUAUACACAGGGAUGUUAAGUCAAAUAACAUCUUACUGGAUGACCAUUUAACCGCAAAAGUUGCUGAUUUUGGCCUAUCUAAACUUUUGAGAGACGACGACAAGGGACAUGUCACCACUCAAGUCAAAGGUACAUUGGGGUACUUGGAUCCUGAAUAUUACAUGAGCCAACAGUUGACUGAGAAAAGUGAUGUAUAUAGCUUUGGAGUAGUGUUGCUAGAGCUGAUAACUGCAAGAGCUCCAAUAGAACGAGGAAAACACAUCGUGAGACUGGUUGCAGAGACCAUAUUUGAUUCAAAAGAUAACAGCAAACUCUACCAAUUAACAGAUCCAAGAAUAGGUCCAGGUUCAAAACUCGAAGGCAUUGAUAGACUAUGUACAUUGGCAAUGAGAUGUGUUAAUGAAUCCGGGGCCGAGAGGCCCUCCAUGGGUGAGGCUGUGAAAGAAAUUGAGAGUAUCCUUGAACUGGCCAGCUUGAGCAAGUAUACUGAAGAAGACCUUACUUCAACUAGCUAUGGGGACACAACUCAAGUCAGUCUUGACGAUUUUUAUAAUGACAAGGCUUUUGAUUAUAGUGGUAAAUACACUUCUGGCGGAAUGAACAUCACUUAAUGAAGUUACUGUGGACUAUAACUGUGAUUUACAUUAGUUUGUAAUAUUGAGCAUAACUAUGAAUUACCUUUUGUUUGAUGUUUGGUACUAGUGAUUCUUCUGUUCUAAUACUAGCUAUACCUGAAGUCAGAAUUACUGAUGACUUCUUGAGAUUGAGUGAUCUUUGUAUCGAUAUUUGUUCUAUAA